CGCAAUAAAUAACAUUGUGGUGUCUUGUUUUGUAUGUUGUGGUUAAGUAAACAUUUUUUAAACAACAAUCUUUUUAAAUAUGUUAUCUUUGUAUAAAUUGUUCAAACAAAAAGUUAUUUCGUUAAAUUCAAAAAGAUUUUCACGAAAUUUCUCUCAAUUUUGUAUAUUAGAAGAAGUAGAACACGCAUUAAAAAAUCAACUACCUGUUGUCGCAUUGGAAUCUACAAUUAUCACUCAUGGAAUGCCGUUUCCCAAAAAUAUAGAAUGCGCUUUGUCGGUGGAAGAAGAAAUUCGAAAAAAAGGUUGUGUACCAGCAACGAUAGCGAUUUUAAAUGGAAAAAUUAAGGUUGGGUUAACGAAAAACGAAUUGGAAUUGUUAGCUGACAAAGAAAAUAAUAAAUCAAUAAAAACUUCACGAAGAGAUUUUGCUUAUGUUGUUGCAAAUAAAUUAAAUGGUGGGACUACAGUAUCUGGAACAUUAUUGGUUUGUAAAAAAGUGGGGAUUCCAAUUUUUGCGACAGGCGGCAUCGGAGGAGUUCAUAGAUUCGGCGAAAAAACAUUAGACAUUUCCGCCGAUUUAAUCGAAUUGGGUAAAACUCCGGUCGCAAUUUUUUCAAGUGGAGCAAAAUCAAUAUUAGAUAUCCCAAAAACGCUAGAAUUCUUAGAAACUCAAGGCGUUUUCGUCGCAACUUACGGAGAUACAACGGAAUUUCCAGCUUUUUAUUCCAAAAAAAGCAAACAUCACGCUCCUUAUAAUGUCAAAACGUCUUUAGAAGCGGCAAAAAUCAUUUUUGCUAAUCACGUAAAUUCAUUGCAAUCGGGAAUGUUAUUUGGUGUCCCCGUUCCGGAAGAACACUCAUUAGAUGAGAAUGAAAUAGAGGAAAUUAUUAAAAAUGCUUUAGAAUUAGCUAAAAAAGAUAAUGUUGUUGGAAAAAAUAUUACACCUUUUCUUCUGGAUCAUGUUUCGAAAGCAACUAAAUCUAAAUCUCUUGAAACUAAUAUUGCAUUGGUGAAAAAUAACGCAAGAGUUGCGGCUGAAGUAUCCUUAGAAUUGAGUAGGAUUAGAAAGGACAAUAAAGGGAUUAAAGAGACCGUAAAAGCAUCACAAAAGGAAACCAAAAAGCGACCGGUUAUUAUUGGUGGAUCUGUUUUGGAUCGAUGCAUAACCGUUUUAGAACCAGAAAUAAAACUUGACGGUCGUAUACACGAUGGAAAAUUUACUGAAAGCCCUGGGGGCGUAGCUAGGAACAUCGCGGAUGCGAUUUCCAAAAUAAAUGAACAACCCAUAUUUAUUUCUGUAAUUGGAAACGAUACGUCGGGAGAAAUCAUUUCAAAUAGUCUCGCUGAAAAGAAAAAUAUCGAAAAAUUAAAUGGGUUCACAACUGCUCAAUGUGCUGUAGUUUUUGAUGAAUGUGGUGAAUGUAAAGUUUUAAUUGGGGAUAUGGAGAUUUUUAAAGAGCUUACCCCUGAAAUGGUGGAAAAACAUGAAGGGGUUAUUAAGGAUGCUUCAAUUUUGGUUUUGGAUGGGAAUCCUCCCAUGGAAAGUUUGAGCAUGGUUUUGGAGAUGGCUCAAAGAUACCAAAAACAAGUGUUUUUUGAACCAACCGACCAUAUCGUUUCGGAAAAACCGUUUAAAACCCCAUUUUGGAAAUCAAUAAAGUAUAUUUCCCCCAAUUUAAACGAAUUAAGACACAUAGCAAGGACUUUAGGUGUUAAUUUAAGGGAUUCACCUAAAAAUAAAAUAGACGAAGCAGUUUUUAUUUGUAAGUUUGUGGCGGAGUACGUUGAUAAUGUUAUCGUUACUUUAGGAGCUGAUGGUUUGGUGAUUUCAAGAUAUGCAGAUGCUUGUAGACCUUUAUUUUUAAAAGAAAAAGAAACCGAUCUCCAAAUAAGACAUUAUCCGGGUGAUUUUGUAGACGAAUUUAUAAAUGUUAGUGGGGCCGGUGAUUGUUUAGUUGCGGGGUUGAUAUGUUCGAUGUUAAAAGGAUUAAGCGAAGAAAUUUGUAUGUCUGUUGGGUUUGAAGCUGCAAAGAUGUCUUUAAAAUCAAAAUCGGCGGUACCGAGCAAAUUAUUCGGACAAGAUGAUUUAUCGUGGAAAUUAUCACGAAAUUUUAACAGAAUUAUGUAAAAAAACAAGAAAAUUUUAUAUUUCUUUAAUAAAUAAAUAAUUAAUC